UAAAAUCCAAAUAAAUAAUGAAGUAAUCAUUUGACGUUUUGUGGAUUAGACUAAGUAACAAAGUUAAACGCACAUGAUGCCGUCCACAGACGACAAUGCUCCUCUGUAUGAAGAAGGGGAACCAUUAAUCUAUGAUCCAGACUUUCAACAUUUUCAUAAAGAAAGAUUAAAGAAGAAACGAAGAUUGCGUUUUGUCAUAGCCUUACUAAUUAGUUUAACAGUGCUGUUUUUAAUGUUAGUGGCCUUAUUUCUUAUUACCAAUCUGUACACUAAAGAUGACAAUGAAAAGGGUUCGAAAUCUAAACUUGGUGACUAUAAACAUGCAGCUGUGGCAGCAGAUGUGGAACAAUGUUCUCGAAUUGGGAAAGAUAUUUUGAAGAAAGAUGGUAAUGCUGUAGAUGCAUCAAUAGCUGCCUUAUUAUGUAUGGGAGUAGCUGAUCCACAGAGUAUGGGUAUUGGUGGAGGAUUUUUUAUGACUGUAUAUGAAAAAGCAAAAGAUAAAGUAGUUGUAAUUGAUGCUAGAGAAACAGCUCCAGGCAAGGCUACAGAGGAUAUGUAUGUUAAACAUCCAGGAACGUCUAGCAGAGGACCUCUGUCAAUAGCAGUACCAGGAGAACUGAAGGGCUACUGGCAAGCACAUCAAGAGUUCGGAGCUCUGCCGUGGAAAGAUUUAUUUAAGCCAGCUAUAAAGAUGUGUUUAGAUGGUUUCAAGAUACCUGGUUCACUAGGUAGAGCUAUACAGAAAAAUAUUCAAGAUAUUCAAGAAGAACCGUCUCUAAGAGAAGUAUUUGUGAACCCAGAAACAGGAGAGGUGUAUAAAACAGGGGAGAUAAUGAAGAGAGAAAAACUUGGAAAAACUCUAAAAACUAUUGCAGAAGAGAAGAUGGAAAGUUUUUAUACAGGAUCUCUUUCUAAAUUGCUGUUAGAAGAUUUAAAGAAAAUAAAUUCCAUCAUAACCGCUGAAGAUUUGAAGAAUUAUAAAGCUAUACGUAAAGAACCAUUAAAGAUUAAAUUGAACAAUGGAUUGAGUCUAUAUUCCCCUCCGCCACCAGCUAGUGGUGCUGUUUUAUCUUUUAUACUCAAUAUAUUAGAUGGUUAUGAUUUGACUAAACGUGACGUAGAGAGCAAUAAAAAAACAGUGUUAACUUAUCAUAGAAUGAUAGAAGCUUUUAAGUUUGCCUAUGCUAAAAGAACAGAUUUAGCUGAUGAGGAUUUUGUCAAUGUAACUGAUUUGGUUGCUAACCUGACAUCGAGAGACUAUGCUGAUUUUAUCAGGUCUAAGAUUUGGGAUAAUACAACCCAUGAUAUGAUGUAUUAUGGUCCAACAUUUUAUGAUAAAUAUACAACUAGCACUGCUCAUUUAUCAAUAGUAGAUCAACAUGGUAAUGCUGUAUCAGUCACUAGUACUAUUAAUGCAAGGUUUGGGUCUAAGUUACGUGGUUUAAAAACUGGUAUUAUAUUUAACGAUGAGAUGGAUGAUUUUUCAUCACCUAAUAUCACUAAUAUAUUUGGUAUUCCACCAUCACCAGCUAAUUUUAUCCGUCCAGGAAAACGUCCCCUGUCAUCUAUGUGUCCAGCUAUAGCCAUUGAUAAGAAGGGAGAUGUAAAACUAGUAAUUGGAGCUGCAGGUGGUUCGAAAAUUACUACAGCAACGGCUUUGGUUACUAUGAAUGAAUUAUGGUUAGGUAGAAAUAUUAAGAAGUCUAUUGAUACAUUAAGACUACAUCAUCAGCUAUUACCACCAGAAAUACAGUAUGAGAAAGACUUUGAUCAGGAUGUUCUGAUUGGUUUAGUGAAGAAAGGUCAUAAUAUAUCAGAAGUAGCAGUAGGGGAAUCUGUUGUACAGGGUGUUGCAAGACAUGAUCACAGACUUUAUGCAAACUGUGAUUUCAGAAAAGGAGGUGAACCAGCCGGAUUUUAACAUGAAAUCUUCCUUUGUUUGUGAGUUUAUAAUACGGUAUCAUUCCAACUGUCAAAAAUGUCAUUUUAAAAGUUACUUAAUAUAAGAUUGCAAAAAAAAAAAA